AUGAAACUCUUGUCACCACCGAACUCGCCGUUUCACAAAGCAAGGGUGGAGGCCAUGAUGUGCAACCUGGCAUCUCUGCGCAGCGUCAGGGAGUUUGCAGAUUCCUUCAAGGCCAAAAAACUGCCCCUACACGUCCUGGUGUGUAAUGCAGCAGUGUGCACUCAGCCCUGGAACCUAACGGAAGAUGGCCUAGAGUCCACCUUUCAGAUCUGCCAUCUGGGUCACUUCCUCCUUGUGCAGUGCCUCCAGGAUGUCCUGCGUCGUUCAGCUCCUGCCCGGGUUGUGGUUGUAUCCUCAGAAUCCCACAGGUUCACGGACCUGUUAGACUCCUGUGGCAAGGUCGACUUGGACCUGGUGUCCCCACAAAAGAAAGACUACUGGUCCAUGCUGGCUUACAACCGGGCCAAGCUCUGCAACAUCCUCUUCAGCAGCGAGCUCCAUCGUCGUCUUUCCCCGUACGGUGUGACCUCCAACGCAGUGCAUCCUGGGAACAUGAUGUACACCUCCAUUCACAGGAGCUGGUGGCUGAUGACCUUACUCUUCACGCUCGCCAGACCAUUCACCAAGUCUAUGGUAAGGAAGAAAAGAGCUUGA